AUGGAACACGCAGCACCCUCAGCCGGCGGCGACCCUGCGGCUUCGUCCAGCCUCAGUCACUUCUCCGUCCGUCUUCCACCAUUUUUCAACCAACAACAACCCCAAUUGUGGUUCGCCCAGGUGGAAGCCCAGUUUACCCUGGCGGGAAUAACCGCAGAGAAUCGCAAGUUCUUCCAUGUCAUUUCGGUGCUGCCACCCGACAUUGCCAUGGAAGUCUCUGACCUUCUGCUGCAACCGUCGGCCCAACAGCCAUAUUCAGCACUUAAGGAGGCAAUCAUUAGCCGGACUAUGGCUUCUGAACGGAAGCGCCUUCAACUCCUUUUGGCCAGCGAGGAACUUGGCGGUCGCCGACCGUCGCAAAUGCUUCGGCACAUGGAAAGUCUGCUUGGUUCACGUGCCGCAACGUUCGAUCGCGCCCUCCUCAAGGAGUUAUUCCUUCAACGCCUCCCAAGCCAAGUCCAAAUGGUUCUCGCUACCGCUUCCGACCUUGACCUGGCUGCUCUUGCCGUCUUGGCUGACUCAGUAAUGGAGGUCACUGGCUCUUCUGUGUCAGCCAUUUCCCAUUCCGUUCCUCCCCAGCACCAGGAACACCUUCCACGGCAGUCACUUUCGCCUGCAGCAGCUUCGCUUCCUUCACCACCUUCCUCACUGGCGGUCGACUCUCACAACCAGCAUUCGGCGCUCACCGAGGAAAUUCGACGGCUCGCUCUGCUUGUCGGUUCCACUCUGUCUCGUCAACGUCAGCCGUCACCCCGUUCGCCUCACCGUUCCCGCCGACGCGCUUCGUCACCCCGCUUAUCUCGCCGAACACGGUCUCGCAGCAGUGACCCCAACAGCACCUCAAGCACACCGCCGUGCUGGUACCGCGCAAACUUCGGCGCCUCGGCCCGCCACUGUGUCCGUCCGUGUGGUUGGCCGGGAAACGACGGGGAGGAUCACUAA